AUUUUUUAAAUAAUAAUGGGAAGUUAUUUUUUCGUAUUUACUUUGCUUCAAGCAGCAACAACAGCAUCAUAUUUUAAAAGAUGCACGCUUUUUAAUAUUUUAACUAAAGAGUGGUUCAUAUGGGGUCAAUUGUAUUUGUAUUGCAUUAACUUAAGUGUUGAUAAUGGUUCACCAGGAUUAUUUGAUGAUAGUUGUGAUACUGGUUCUUGUAAAGAGUGUAUGAUGGCAUGUAACCUUGAGCUUCCAUUCAAUCUUUCUAACUGUCUGUGGAAUUGUAAUAAUUCUAAUUCAUGUAAACUUGGAUGUCUCUUCUACAGCCAUACUACAGAUAAAGAAAAUGUUCAAUUUAAUGAACAGAGCAAGCCUGGUAUGAAUUUUACUUUUAAUUUGACUUCAAUAAAAAAGGAAUGUUUAAACACAAGUUUUUUGUUAAAAAGAGAUUUUGUACUGAGUAUAUAUCUGAUUACUUUCAUUAUAAAAAAUGGCAUCAAUUCUACAGAGAUUGUACUAGGUUUACAGAGUCAAAAUGUUUUUAACUCACAGAAGCAAAAUCUUUGUGACAAUCUUAACAACAUAUCUAAUCAUGAUAUUGGAACUGAAUUUCAAUUAAAUAUCUAUAUAGUUAACUAUAAUGGAUACAACAAAUCAAUUAAUCAAUUUUCAAACUUUGCAGAUUAUAUUGUUGGUAAUCUUUCGGUUCCAUUAGUGAAAGGUAAACUUAUUGCUGGCAUUCUAAAACUUUACAGUGAACAUUUAAUUUCAUUUGAUAUUUUUCCUAUAAAAUUUGAACCUGGUUGGCAUAGUGUUAUUUCUUUUAUUAUUGGUUCAAGUAUUAAAUAUGGGUAUAGAGUUCAUGGUAUUAUGUUUCAUUAUGAUAGCAGUGGAAAACUUCAAAUUGCUCCAAUAAAUGGGGAUCCUGAACGUUUUUUCAACACAAAACCGAUUGCAUUGAAUUUGUGGUCAAAUCUUGAAAUUAGUCAAUUUUUCAAUGGCACUGUUUAUAUAUACACAAUCAAAGUAAAUGGAGAAACAGUCUUUUUUGAAAGUAACAAUCAAUCUCAAAGUUUUGAUAAUGUUGAAGUGUAUGCUUCAGAACCAAUAUAUGAACCUCAAGAUGGCUUUAUAAAAAACUUUUUUAUUAUCAAUGGAAAUUUGAAUGACAGAAUACAACCUGUUAUUCUUCCUGCAGAUUACAUCAACAAUAGGAAAGAUUUUCUUGUAACAAAAGGUUUUCUACUUGCUACUCUCAACAUCUUGAUGAAAGUCUACUCUGUUUCUUUUAAUAUAAAACCAAGAAAUUUUACUAAAGGUGUAAAAAGUGUUCUUCAUUUAACUUUGAAUAAUAAUUUUGAAGCUUACGGUGAAAGUAUUUUAAAUGUUUGGUUUCAUGAAGAUGGUACUGGGAAACUUGUUAUUUGUAAUGCUGGUAAAUGCGGCAAUACUUUAUAUAAUAUUGAAACAACUUCACUCAUGUUGGAUCAAUGGUCCUCUGUUAAAAUUUAUCAAAGUUUUAUAAACACUAAGUACUGGUUUGCUGUUGAAUUAAAUGGAAUUAAUAUAUAUCAAGUAGAAAACUCUGCUGCUAAAGUUUAUAAAAACAUUAAAGUGUAUGCUUCUGAUCUUUGGAAUAAUGCUCAAAAUGCUUCUAUCAAUAACCUUUUGAUCAUCAAUGGAAAUGCUGAGUACCUUGUUGGAAGUACACCUAUUUAUUUAGUAAAAGGAAACAUAAUCGCUGAAAUACCAAAACUUGAUAAAGAAUAUUUAAUAUCAGUUGACAUUUAUCCUAAUAUUUUUGUUCAUGGUUGGCAUAGUGUUGUUUCUUUCAUUAUUGGUUCUGAAAAUUACUACUUUGGAGACAGAGUUCCUGGCAUUUAUUUUCAUGAAUCUGGUGAUGGAAAACUCCAAAUAGCAGCCCCAUUAAAUGGUGAACGCAACCGUUAUUUUGAUACAAAACCAAUUAGGAAAGGUAUGUGGACAAAUGUUGAGGUGAGUCAAAUUUUGAAGGGAAAUGUCUUUAUAUAUACAAUCAGAAUAAAUGGAGAAGUUGUUUUAUCUGCAGUUAACAAUGACUCUCAAAAUUUUGACAAUGUCAAAGUAUAUGCUUCAGAAUCAUCACAUGAUGUUCAAAAUGGCUUCAUAAAAAAUUUAUUUAUUGUUAAUGGCAUUGAAAAUAGCGGUAUGCAACCAUCUGUUGUCAUUUUUAAAGUUUUGCCACCUCAAGUUGCUUUUGAAAAAAACAAAAAAUUCGUUAUUAUUGCAGCAAUAUUGGCUCCAGUUUUAUUUGUUUUUAUUUUACUUGCUGUUGUGGUUUUGUUCAGACUUCACAUGAAAAAAAAAAAAACCCAGCAAUCAAAUUGGAUGACCAAUAUUUACAAAAUAGAAGCCUACAAAAAUGAAAAUCUAGAUAACGAAGAUGAAUGGGAAAUUCUUCCUGAAUACAUAUGCUUAGAUCAAAAAGUUGGUGAAGGGGCAUUUGGUACUGUUUUUAGUGCAUUAAUUAGUGAUAAAAUUCUGGCUAAAUUAAAAAAUGCAAAGCGAAAGUCCGCAGUUUCUGUGUUUAGUUUCAGUGAAGCUUCAUCUACUACUGUUGCAGUAAAAUUUUUAAAAGAUAAUGCAUCCCAAUCCGAACUGGAUGAUUUUCUUGAAGAAAUAAGCCUGAUGAAAGAUAUUGGAUAUCAUAAAAAUAUAGUAAAUAUGAUUGGCUGCUGUACAGUUAAUAAACCCAUUUGUCUUAUUACUGAAUUUAUGGAAAAAGGAGAUUUGCUACAUUUUUUACGUAAUAGACGAUCUAAACUUUGUGCAUCUAAAGUUGAGAGAGAAUCAUCUAUAAAUUUUUUGCACACAAAAUCUUAUAGACAGUCUCUACAGGUAACAACAAAUGAAAAUUUAACCUCUGAGGAAACGACAUAUGAGAUUUCCCUAGAUGAUAUUGGAGUGAUAACACCUGAUGAUUUACUUAGUUUUGCUUGGCAAGUAGCAUCAGGAAUGGAAUAUCUUUCAUGUAACAAACUGGUACAUCGAGAUCUUGCAGCAAGAAAUGUUUUAGUUGGUGUUGAAAAAAAUAUUAAAAUAUCUGAUUUUGGCCUGACACGGAGAGUUAAUGAUGAAUUGAAUUAUAUGAGCAACAAAAAUCGUCGAUUACCUGUUAAGUGGAUGUCAGUUGAAGCCAUAUAUGACCAAACGUACACAACUUACAGUGAUGUGUGGUCAUAUGGUGUAGUUUUAUUUGAAAUUGUGACACUUGGAGGAACACCUUAUCCAAGUAUAAGUAAUCGUGAACUUAUUACUCUGUUGAAGUCAGGUUACCGAAUGGAACGACCGGAAAAUUGCUCGGACCUAAUGUACGAUAUAAUGUUGCACUGUUGGAAUGAAGACCCAUUGCAACGACCUACUUUUACAGAGCUGCGUGAACAUUUUGAUGAAAUGAUUUCCCAAGGUGAUUGUUAUUUAAACUUUGAAAUUGACGAAAAAAAUACUUAUUAUAACGUAGCCUCGUUUUACAGUCUACGGUCUGAAACAGGAGAUCGUUUUUUAGAGGAAGAGAUCUUUCAAAAACCUAUGCUAGUGAAAUCGUUGGGAAAUACUAAAAAUAGGCUUAGCAAUAAACCAUUGACUAAAAGGUACGCAACUCGCGUAUAUGCACAACAAAAUAAAACGCCGGCAGACAUGGCAAAUCAUGCGUUUAGUGAUGCAAUAUAAAAAAUUUAAUGGUAUAUAAAGUAUUUUUGAUUUUUAUUUAAUUUAUAUUUAUAUCCUAUAAAAUAUUUGCAUAUAAAGUAGAAUGUAAAACAUAUUUUGAAAAUUUGAUUUAUG